AUCGUUGAGCGGACACUCAGCAUCUCUUCCAGACGUUGUACAGCGCUGGUUAGCCCAGCGCGGCAUAAAUCUCGUUUUAGAAAGCGCAUUUCGGCGGUGUGCGGGGACUCGGAGCAGGCGUCGCCGUCAAGGAGCUCCCCUAAUUUGACUGUGAGGACGAAACACCAGUCAGCUACACGGCCUGACUAGAGUCUAAGAUGCCCUAGGCCGGGAGAAGGGACAUGUAAAUGGCUUCCAAAGUAAAAGAUGCUGUGGUGUGGUACCAGAAAAAGAUUGGCGCCUAUGACCAGCAGAUAUGGGAGAAAUCAGUGGAGCAGCGAGAAAUCAAGUUUAUUUCUCUGGGUUUGAGGAACAAGCCAAAGAAGACAGGACAUGUCAAACCAGACCUGAUAGACGUGGACUUGGUUAGAGGUUCGGCGUUCGCCAAGGCCAAACCGGAGAGUCCAUGGACGUCGCUGACCCGGAAGGGCAUCGUCAGAGUCGUCUUCUUCCCGUUCUUUUACCGAUGGUGGAUCCAGGUCACCUCCAGAGCCAUUUUUCUCUUACUGCUGGCUCUCUAUCUGCUGCAAGUGGCAGCAGCAGUCCUGUACCUGACCAUCCCUCAGCCUCAUGGGAUACCGGCCACCGAGGUGUUCGGAGCCAUCUGGCUCAUGUUGCUGCUGGGCACCGUCCACUGUCAGAUUGUCUCCACCAGGACCCCGAAACCUGCCUCCAGCAGCGGGGGGAAGAGACGCAGGAAGUUGAGGAAGGCAUCUCAGAUGGAGGUGCAUAGGGAAGGCGACGGGUCUAGCACUACCGAUAACACACAGGAGGGGGCGCCACACUCCCACUCAGCCAGCACCACAUACAGCCUGGGCGCUCUCUUCCAAGAUUUCUGGCAUGAUAUCUGUAAAGCUGGAUCCAAGAAGUCCAAGCUGUCCAUCGACAAGUCGACGGAGACGGACAACGGCUACGUGUCGCUGGACGGCCGGGUGACCAACCGGAGCAGCGAGGAGGGGCUCCAGCUCCACGAGCAGCGAUGCGACUCGCUGAACAGGGCUGACGAGGUGUGCUGGAACUCUAACGUCAAGCCGACACACACUCACACACCCCGCAGCGCGGGACUGAUGCUGGCAAGUGGCAAUAAGGAGCCAGCGUCAGAUGAGGCGUCCAGCGAGGAGGACCCUGAAGCAUCCUACAGCGCCCUCCGCAGGGGAGUGGAAAGAAUGAACAGCGACUGCACGCUCAGAAACCGCAAGAAUACACACCACUACAAGAAACACUACGCUGUGGAGGACGUCCCCAAGUCCGGCACCAGCUGCAGCUCCAGAUGCUCCAGUCUGAGGACUCAGGACUCGGAGAGCACUCGACACGAGUCCGAGACCGAGGACCUGAUGUGGGAAGACUUCCUGCACUGUGCCGAGUGCAGAUCAUCCUGCACCUCUGAAACAGAGGGAGAAGGAGGAGGGACGCCCGUCUGUCCUCCUGCUAAAAAGGAAUACAGAGACGACCCUUUCCAUCAGGGUCACGUUCCCUGGCUGCACAGCUCCAACCCCGGUCUGGAGAGAGUGAGCGCCAUCGUGUGGGAGGGUAACGAGUGUAAGAAGGCCGACAUGUCCGUCCUGGAGAUCAGCGGCAUGAUCAUGAACAGAGUGAAUCUCUACACUCCAGGUAUUGGUUACCAGGUCUUUGGGAACCUGGUUUCAGUGACGCUCGGCCUCACACCUUUCGCGUACAGGCUGGCUCAGUACCGCGACUUGGAUCAGCUGACCACACUCUCAGCCAACGAGCUGCUGUCUGUGGCACUGGGAGGCGGGUCUGGAUCAGAUGCCAUGGUCGUCACCAUGGUGACACUCAGCUUCCUGGUGCGUGUUUGCCUUAUAUGGCUCUUCUUCUUCCUGCUCAGCGUAGCAGAGAGGACCUACAAACAGAGGCUACUGUUUGCCAAGCUGUUCGGUCACCUGACUUCCGCCCGCAGAGCAAGGAAGUCUGAGGUCCCUCAUUUUAGACUAAAGAAAGUUCAGAACAUCAAGAUGUGGCUGUCGCUACGCUCCUACCUCAAGAGACGGGGUCCUCAGCGUUCAGUGGAUGUGAUCGUGUCAUCUGCCUUCCUGCUCACUCUGUCUGUCGUCUUCAUCUGCUGUGCACAGCUGCUGCACGUCCAUGAAACGUUCCUGGAGUGUCACUAUAACUGGGAGCUGGUGAUCUGGUGCUCCAGUCUGUCUCUGUUCCUGCUCCGGUUCGUCACUCUUGGCUCCGAGACCAGCAAGAAGUACAGCAACACCUCCAUACUGCUCACUGAACAGAUCAACCUGUACCUGAAGAUGGAGAAGAAGCCAAACAAGAAAGAGGAGCUGACACUGGUCAACAACGUCUUAAAACUGGCUACCAAACUACUCAAGGAGUUAGACACUCCCUUCAGGUUGUAUGGUUUGACCAUGAACCCUCUGCUCUACAACAUCACCCAGGUGGUCAUCCUGUCCGCCGUGUCGGGAGUCAUAUCUGACCUGUUAGGAUUUAAUCUGAAGCUGUGGAAGAUCAAAUCGUGACAGUGAACGGAGAGACGGCUUCACUCUCACUGACUGACUGACCGACUGAACGCCGGUCUCGACAUAUCGGAGUGCUUUGACCUUCAACGUUCCCACUUUGUGCAAUUCACAAACUAUUUAUUUACCCGCUCAGUGUUUUUACUUAGGGUUUAUUUGAAUUGUAGUUUGUUUCAUUUUUGUGUUGGAUGACACAAAGCGAUGCUAUAUUUGACCUGUCUACAACAAGUGUUAGUAUUAUUCUAAGCGUAAAUUAUUUUGUUGAACAUGCCGGUUUAGGUUCUCAGCUGCAUUUGUGACAGUUCAGUUUUCAUUCACAAAUUUGAAGGCAAAGUAUUGAUGCCAACAGGGGCAAAAUCUUUUUAUUGUCAUUGUUGUGUUUUGUUUGCUUAAACUUAAAGUUAUUAUUAUUUAUAUGUUCAGUAAAUUUCAAGACAAACCUUCAGACUCUGUUACAACCUUAAAUACAUGUGUUAGUGCAGCGGUUUUCCUCAGAAAACAAAGAAAUUAUUUUGAAUAUUAUUGCAACCUAAUGCUUAAGUUGUAUAUGUAAAAACUUUAAACCACAGAGUAUAUUGUGAUCAAACUACCGUUAAAAGGAUACUUUGUUAUCUCAAAUCUGGUGCAGGAAAUGGCCCAGUGAAAUUAAAGAUAAGUUUGGUGUAAUUCCUGGUGUUUGACAAAUAAGAAUGUAAAGAUUGUCUGUUUUUAGAGUUCUCAGCUCCUUGAAAUGAAUUCGCCUGGAUUCCCGGCUCUAAUAAUGUGAUUUACAUAUCUGUUAAUGGCUGUUAACAGAACCGUUGUGAAGGGAAAGCUGACUUACCUGAGCAAACUGUUCUCACAGGUGAGAGGUGAGCUGUCCGACGACGUCCCUGCAGAAAAACAAUCACAGACCGGGUGUGUAAAACGCUCAGUGUGCAUCAUAAUCAGUACAGAAACACAAGAGCAGUGUCAUUACAGGGCAGCCAGCGUUCAAUCAAAACAUCCUUUUUAUUCUUCUUUUGACCCACUUUGGAGGGUUUGACAGUAUUUCCAGCAAUACAUGCAGGUAGUCUUUUCAUACAGAAUCCGUUAAAACGUGCAAGAAAUGAAUGAGAUUUGGUUCAAGUCACUUCUGUUUGCAGGACGUUGUACGCUUGUUUCUGCUAACUAGCCCACAAUCACCUUUUAUACAUACGUGACUAAAAAGUGUCUGAAAUAUACAUUUAGAAGCAAGCGAUGAGUGUCUAUGUUUGUAGAAAUUAGGAAAACAGUGGAGGACUAAACUUAAGUUUUAGGAAAUCCUACGUUAAAGAAAUUUAUCUUUUUAAGCUCUUCUGACUAAAGGUGAAAUUUUCAGUUGAAUUUCUUACACUUCAAAGCAGAGUCUAUAUCCUGAAUAUCACAGCAGCAUGAAACAUGUUUGCGUCCAUUGAGAUUUACUGACUCCGUCAAUUUAAGUUGAGAAGUUGAGUGGAUUUUAUAUUAAAUUUGAUCUCAAACUGUGAGUGAAUUCGACAUUUAACAGUGAUCAAAGUGAAACUCUAAACUCUGCAGUUAAAACACAUGAAUGAACACAUGCACUUUAAAACCAGAUUUCAAACGGAAGAGAAGAAGUUACAUCCUGUUUCCUUUAGUACCUCGCCUGCUCGGCACAGCUCGCGAUCGUUCGCCGUGAACUUAAAAGCAGCGUGUCGACAGUUCCCGUCACUCUCUGAAGUAAAUCCUACAUGGUACGUGAAGUUAUCAUGCCCACAGAAAACAUUGAAAUGUUGUCUCAGAUCAUGAGUUAACUGAAACUCGCUCAUAAAAAAUGCUAGCAUAAUCAUGUUCAGUGUGUUUGAGGAGGAAGACCAAAGUGCUUAUUUUACUCUUUGUUUUUGUUUGUCUGCUGGAAAAAGAAUGUAUCUGCAGCAUUGUGCUUUACGAUCUAUUUGUUUCCCUUUGGAAAUACUUUAAGUUGUAUUUUUUUUUUGCUCUUUCAUGGUUCAUUUGUAAAGGUUUGUUACGCUCGUCGGAAAGACGACGCACGUUUUACUGUGUUUUUAAGGAACAAAGAAGUUUGAAACGUAUGUAUGAAUCUAGGUAAAGGACUCAGUGUUGUGAUUCUGUUUUCAAGGAGUCUGAAUAUUUAGAUUUAGAUUUUUUUGUGAACUGGUCUGUCCACAAGGUCUACAUUUUUAUAAGAAAAAUAAAAAAAUGGAUGUUG